AUGGGAGAAGUUGUAGGCGAGGAGGUUUUGGAAGCGGAGACUCAUAUAUGGAACCAUAUCUUCAGCUUCAUCAACUUCAUGGCUUUGAAAUGCGUCGUCGAGCUCGACAUUCCUGAUGCCAUCGCCCGCCACGGCCACCGCCCCAUGCCCUUCUCUCACCACGUUUCAGCCCUUAAACUUCACCCCCACAACUCCCAAUACCUUCAUCGCUCAAGGCGUAUACUAGAUCACUAUGGCUUCUUUACCAAAUACAAAAAUGGCAAAGAAGAAGAAGCAUACUCCCUCACCAACUCGUCUCGUCUUCUCUUCAAUCAUAAUCAUUCCUCUCUAUCUCCCUUGUUGCUUUCCCUGCUCGACUCGUUCCUCUUGCAACCAUGGCAGCUUUUAUCCGCUUGGUUCUAUAGCCAUGAUCGAAUCCCGUUUAAGAUGGCUCAUGGAAAGCAGUUCUGGGAGCACACAGCCAGCAAGCCACAAGAUGGGGACACUUUUAAUGCAGCCAUGGCCAAUGAUGUGAGGCUGGUGACAAGUGUUUUGCUCGGACAAUAUAAGAACAUGUUUGUUGGAGUUAAGUCGCUGGUGGAUGUGGGAGGUGGCAUUGGAAUUUUGGCAAGAGUCAUUGCUGAGGCCUUUCUGCAAACACAAUGUGUUGUGCUUGAUCUUCUCCAUGUGCUGACUAACUUGGAAGAAAGCCAUAACCUCAUAUAUCCUGAAGGGGAAAUGUUUCAAAGCAUUCCUUUGCCAAUGUACUUCUAUUGA